AUGUGCGCAGAAAAUAAUCGUGCGCGUCCAAUGCCUCUAAUGAUGAUGAUGAGGGGGAAGAAGAAAAGGAGAGGAGAACGAGGAGAAGCUGAUUGUGAUGAUGAUAAGGAGAAGGGGAAGGAGGAGGAAGACGAGGAGCAUGAUGAGAGAGAAGAGGAGCAGGAAGGGGCGAAGGAGGAGAAUGAGGAGAAGAUGAUGCUGCUGGUGAUGAUAAUCAUAGUGAGGAUAUCGAGGAACAUGAAGAGA